GCGUUCAGCUGAUUCGCGGAGUAAAUAGGAGAGUUUGUACUCUAUAGUAAAAUAAACCUGUAGAAGCAUGGUGAAACGCAUAUAUUCUACUCGAGAGUUACUAUCUUAGAGUAAAUGGUUACUCUCGGGUAAUUACUCUCAACUUUAUUCGGCUGUUGGUGAAACCGGUCCCGUAUAAUCUAUAUACCUCUCCUUCCAGCUGGUGACCGUGAAGUGCAGCUGUGUUUACAUCGAAGUAUAACUGCAGAACUAUAGCGGCGCAGGAGCCUCCGAUUUGUUUUGAUGGUUACGUUACGUUACACGUUCCUUGGUAUUCCAAGAUAGUUAAAAGUGUAUUUCUAUUCUGUCUAGUGGUUACGUUACGUCACGUCACGUCAGAAUGUGAAUUUGUCUGUUAACUGUUUUGAUGAAAAAAUUUGUUAGAACCAUGACUUGUUUAUAAUAUUGAUGAAGUUUUGCAAAUGUUUGCAAAUAUCGUAGACUUAGUGCGUCAGAAAUAGUACAGACGCCGUUUAGGUAAGAGUCACGUUGCGUCAUGGCGGAGAAUUUAGGUAAAAGACCUUCCAAGGGAAUAUUGAAAACAUCAUCGAGUUUCGAAAAACCUGAUGCUCCUAAAAAAAAGCACAAAGAAACGAAAUGGGAUGAAAUGAACAUCAUUGCUACAUUGCACCCUCCUGAUAAGGAUUAUGGUCACAUGAAGAUCGAAGAACCCAAAACUCCCUAUAAUUGGGAUGAAGGCGAUGUUUCAGGAGACGAACCUGAUGGAUUGGAUGCAAAACUUCUGGCAGAAAAGAUUCGUUUGGGAGCGGCGGUGCCUCCAAAGGGCCUUGUUGAGUCUUCGGAGAGCGAGGAAGAAAGCGAUGAAGAUGAAACUCCAGAAAGAAAAGGUAAAGAUAAGCAGUUGUACUUGGCUCUGAGCCAGUAUUGCCCAUCGCAAAGGAAGGUUUUUGAAAGUAAAAGGAAGGCGCACUACAACGAGUACUAUGCAGUUAAAUUAGCACGCAAACUUAUGGAGUCUGAAGUGGAGGAGGAGGAGAAUGAAAUGGAUGAUGACUGUGAUACUGAGAAGAACAAUGUGAAUGAUAAUUGUCUAGACUCUACAGAGGGAAAUCAUGUUGUUACUGUGCAAGAAAAUAGGUCAGAUGAUAGUUCGUAGGUUUAAAUUACAUUUAGAUGAGGAAUGACAGGAAUAAAAAUAAUAUCUGAACAUUUAAAUGAAAGCAUUAUUCUUGAAAAUUCUUUCAUUGAGGAAUGUCCGUGAUGAAUGCAUAAUUUUUUCAGUUGAAUAGUACUUUCUUAGUAAGUAAUUUUUGUAUUAAGUCGCUGUAGAGCUUAAUGAAUAUCCUGCAUGUAUAUACCUGAGCAAAGCAGUUUCUUGUUUAGUUUAAAGAAUUUGUUGGAAUGUUGUGGAAGUGAUUAAUGGAGCAGCUACAUCUGGCUUUUCAAAGGCCCUGUUAGGGUUUGGGUCUGUGGGCAAACAAAUAAUAGGACAAUCAGUCUCUUAAGAUGAAUGGUGAAGAAAAAGUACACGCUCUGAAUUUAUCCAUUUUCCAUUUUUAUUUAAUAUUGAGUAUAAUGACAAACAACUUGCUCUAAGGUAAUAAUUGUACAUUGCAAAAUGAUUUUGCAGGUGUAAAUGCAAAACAUUUUGUGGUCAUUGUGUAAGUAAAGAGGAGCUGACAGUUCAUAGAUUGCCUUAGAAGAUGCAAAAUAUUGAAGACUGAGUUAUUUCAAUAUUAGAAAAUGUAAAUUAUUUUCAAAGUUGUAUCAUUUCUUAUUUUAUUCAAUUUUAAUUUUUAUGCAUGUAAUGCACAGUGUGCUACAGAUAGCUGUUGCUCCCAUUGCAUUUUCCAUUGUUGUUUAGUAAGUGUUAAAAUGUUUAGUUGAAAAAAUUGUAUUGUAUAGGGUUGUACAAAACAUGAAUAUUUUUAGGACCUCAAAAAUAAUGUGCAAAAAAUAAAAGCUUAUUUAUUUAUUUUUAUUUAUAUUUUCAUUGAUUAAAGAAUGGUAGCUAUAAAUAUAAAUUAUAGGUAAGGUAUUUACCUAUAUUUUGCUUAUUUAAAAGCCAUAAUUAAUUUCUACAUGAUGUAUUGUCUAUACCUCUAUAACGUGUUGUAGGAUGCAUAAGUAAUUUCUGUCAUUGUUCUUCAUGGUUUUAUACAUGUAUUGUAUGGAGUGGGAGAACAUGGGAAACCCCCCAAAAGGAUCUCUCAAAUAAAGAAUGCAGAUACUGAUUUUUCCAGAUAUUAGUGUAUUCCAUACCUUAACUUCAAACUACCUAGUUUAUUAAAUUGCCAUUAUGGUCUGUUUGCACAUUCGUAAUCAAAGAAAUUAUAUCUAAAUGUUAAAGUUGGAGAGUUUACCACUUGUUCCACUGUAUUUUGAAGUGUGUGUGUACUUCAAAUAGUGCCUAUUACAUUUUGCUAGUUCCUGUGAGGGAUUUCUUGGAAUUAAUGUUUAUAACUGGUAUUAUAAUAGGUUUCCUACAAUGGGACGUGUAACCGAAUUCUCAUUGAUCCUCGUUUAGUGUCCUUUUUGAGGGAUAAAAUCUUCGAUAUAUGAAAACUGGGGGGAGUAAGUCUGAAAUCUCAUCAUGAAUUACUUUCUUGUGAGAUAUUGAUAAACAUUGAAACAAAUAUGACAUGCUGAGUUAUGCACAUUUCAUGGAGUUAUAUCAUAUGGUUAUAUCAUAUGGUCAAAUUAAUUUGUUUCCCUUUUUCAUGAACCUCAGUGUGUUUGUAAGUUUUACUGUCACGACUUAUGCAAAUCAAGCAAUGACGAGAGAAAAAACGUACUUGAUUUCAAAAAAUUAAAAAUGGUAUAACAUUCUAAAAUGAAAAUUGUUCCUUAAGAAUUUAUGAAAAGGAAUGUUUCAUUAUUUGAUAUUACAAAUGGGAGGAACUUGUAUUUUAAUGGUAAAUUCGAGCAAAGGGAUAGAAAGCCCUACAUUUAUAUUAUUUUGUACUGUAUGAUUAAGGCAUAUUGUGAAGUCUUCAGCAGCCAAAUUGUUUGUUCAUUAUCAUGUGCAAUAUCCUAAAUUUGAUUUUGUGUUCAAUCAACAUUUUGUCCAUAACUGAGUAACUAUCUGAAUUGAAUAUAAUGGAUUAGAAAUUUUGUUUUAUCAUGAUCAACUGACGCAUUCACCAAAACAUUUGCAUGCUCUUAAUGGAUGGCUUGGACUCUGUGUGGUGGUUGCACUGCUGUGAUGGUUUUAACUACUUUGUUUCUAAUAUUCAGUUACUGUAUUUGUCGUUUAUUUUUUUCUGAAUAAGGACACUACCAUUUAAAAUUUAUUUAUUUAUUUUUAUUUCAUUUUUUUAUAAUGAUGGACUCUCUAGUUAUUUGUUGUAGCAGUUGGAUGACCUUUUGUAUGGAGAAGGAUUAAUGAUUAGCUAUAUUUGUAUAUACUGACUUGACUUACUGAUUGAUUUGGGUUGGAGUUAGAGAUUGACAUUUGACUGACUCCACGGCCAUAGAAAAAGGUGCAAUAUUUUCUUAAUACUCAUUUUAUAGUAUUGUACACUGCAUUGAUUAAAGGUGGAGUAAGCAAUGACAGCUAAUAGUAGUUGUGAAUUAUACUGAUUCAUGGUCAGGAGGAAAUUGUUUUUUGAUAAGAAUUGUUAAAUAGAUUAAACAUUAAAAUUUAAUAUUUAAAUAAAACCUUAGCAAUAUGUAUAUUCGCAAUUUGAUUCAGAGGAUUAUAAUUAUUAGCUAAAUUAUAUGUGUGACUGUUGGAGAGCAAUCCUAUUACCCAAGUCUAAUAAAGGGAGUAAACUUUAAAUUAUUUUAGGGAGACAGGGCUUUAUUAUAAAGAAAUUUUAUGUAAUUGUAGCAAUUGAUGUUUGAAGUUUGUAAAUUAUUUUUUCUCUAGAAAUGGCUUAAAUAUUAAACUAACCAUUGUUGAAAUUUUGUUUGCAGUUGUAUGAAAUUAUUCUAGAAUGGAAUUUGUUCUUCUAUCUGACAGUACUGUACUGUUGCCAAGAGCGCUAAAGCAAAUUGCAGGCAAAUUUCCUUAAUUACCAGUGUUGGAUUUUAAAUUUUCAUGUGACUUAGUAUAAAAUUAGUAAUAUAUUGUGCUCAAUUUUGCUCUAUUUGUCUGUGCAGGUUUUAAGUGCAUAAGUAAAAUGUUAAGGAACAUUACAUAAUAAUGCAUAUAUACACACACACGUUUUACCCACUGCAUGGAAACUUGAUGCUCAGGAAUUUUUCUCAAUUUCCCUAGAAGUAGUGUAAUUUCUAUCUAUUCUAAUGGUAAAUAUGCCAUAAAAUCUUCCAUAAUUACCUAGGAAGAUAUUUGAUUAUUGUGUAGUAUCAAGAUGUUCUUAAUUUAUAACAUUAUUUGGUCUUUUAAAUGUGGACUUUCCGAGAUCAACAUUAUUCCUACAGCUUCACUAAUUUCAAAGAUUGCUUAUGCCAAAACUUUGUAAAUUACGAACAACUAGCCACCUGCAUGAAGAAAACAAGAAUAGUGUACAAAAUAAUGGCUCAAAUAUUUAACCUUAUUUAUAAAUUAGUGGUUAUAGUUAUUUUGGGGCAGAAAGAUUUUUGUAAAACAGAAGUUGAAAUAUGGUUUUUGUAUACUAGACUUAGUAAUGGAAAAAGUGAAUUUUUGUAUGGUAGAUUUAUGCUUGUAAGGAAAUUCCUUUUCCUACAGCUUCUCACUUGUAAAUUUGUCGGUCUUCUUAUCACAGACUAAUGUUCUCCUGCUUGUAGUUCCUUUGUAUUUAUAUUUACAUACCUAUGCUGAUUGUUCAAAUGUUUUAUUAAAUCUUCAAUUUAUGCAAAUAUGUUUUAAUUGUAGGAAAUGCAUGUUGUAAACUUCAACAUGCAAAUAAAGCAUUUCUACUUUUUUUCUCCUGUAUAGUUAAUUUCCUGACCUUAGAUGUGGGUUUUAUUGUAUUUUAUCAAACCUUCAUAGAUUCAAAUUACCUUUUUCAUGCUCUGCCUGCAUGUCUGACUCUUUGAGUGUGGGUAUAGUAUUAGUGGUACGAGUAGUUUCUCUUCUUACUGAUGUUUGCUUUUUAAUUUUGCUUUGUUGGUGUAGUGAGAUUCUUACUUUUUAAAUCUUUCUUGCGGAUCGUGAUUGAAUUGGAAGAUUAUUAAUGUGCAUGUGUUAUGAAGAUAAAAUUUGAAUGGGUAUUUGCCAUAUUGGACAUAUGCAAUAAAAGGCUUCUCUUGCAAGAAUUCUUCAAAAUAUAGAACAAAGAAUAGUGCCAAAACUCAAUAAAAAUUUCUUCUGAAGACCUUUCAAGAAUUGUUAUAUGAUAGUAAUUACAUUAAUACAAAUAGUCCUUGUCUUGGCCAACGUUUAAUUUACACACAGCUUUCCUUAGCUUAGUUCUAAUCAUGAUAUUUGCGGACUAGGAUUAGAGGCAGGGUUCCCAGUUGGCAGGUCUAACGAUGGCUUACUUAAGCAAUGUUUGUAAUGUGGGUGAAAACUGUCUACUUGUACUACUCUUUGAACACUUUACCAGCGAAUUAAGAGGUAAUAUGUAAAAAAAUUAUGUUGUGUAGAACAAAUAAUUCACAAUUUAGGCAGAAAAGUUCAACAUAUUUUAAGUUUAUUAAUAUAAAUAAGUUGUAUUGUUCAGAUGUGAGUAAGCUUGCAUAUAUAGCUGGUUUUAUAAUUUUCAUUUUUCUUGGGGCAACAUUUUAAAGUAUUGUUGCUGUGUGAAUAUUCUGGGUUACAUUAUAAGUCUUGUUGGGUAAAAUGGACAGAAGUGCCUCUAUCUUGUUUGGAACCACUAAAGAAAGUGUUUAAGAUCUGUUUCAACCCCCCUCCCUCCUUGCCUUUGUACCCAAAAUCUUCCUUUUUUUUUUAUUAUUAUUAUUAUUAUUAUUAUUAUUAUUACUUU